GAGGGGACGCACGGGGGGGGGAGCGUCUACGUCAUUUCCGUCCAGGCCGGAACCCAAGAUGGCUGCGCUCUUGCUGAGACACGUUGGCCGUCACUGCCUCCGAGCCCACCUUAAUUCUCAGCUCUGUCUCAGAAAUGCUGUUCCUUUGGGAACCACAGCCAAGGAAGAGAUGGAGCGGUUCUGGAAUAAGAACACGAGUUCAAACCGUCCUGUUUCUCCCCACAUCUCCAUCUACGGUUGGUCUCUUCCCAUGGCAAUGUCCAUUUGUCACCGUGGCACUGGUGUGGCCUUAAGUGGAGGGGUGUCUCUUUUUGGCCUGUCGGCACUGCUGCUUCCUGGGAACUUUGAAUCUUAUUUGAUGUUUGUUAAGUCCCUGUGUUUGGGGCCAGCACUGAUCCACUCAGCUAAGUUUGUGCUUGUCUUCCCUCUCAUGUACCACACAUGGAAUGGGAUCCGACACUUGAUGUGGGACCUAGGGAAAGGCCUGGCGAUCUCCCAGGUCCAGCAGUCUGGAGUGGCUGUCUUGGUGCUUGCCCUGCUGUCCUCUGUAGGGCUAGCAGCCAUGUGAAGAGCUGAAAUUCCCAUCAUCCUCCUGUACAUUAUCACACUGAUUCAUAUUCCCAUUUAUCACUCUUAUCUCCAGCCACCAAGGUUCCCCUGAUUUGUUUAGAUGCCAUGUGCUUCAGAUCCCAUUGGGGCUCAGUAGAGAGGCUUGAAGAACUGUAGUAGUAGAAAAAGGUCAUUUUCCCCAGGCCUGGGCCCUUACUCCCUCUCCACAUUUGACUUUGAUUUGUGCUGAGCAUCAGCUUUCGACUGUGGAAACAAUGCCAGUCCUGUGGCUGCCCUGGGUACCACUGCCUGUGGGCUGCUGGCUUAAAGGACAGUUGUGUUCAUUGGUCAGCGCAGGGCCGUUAGCACCCACACAGUGUGACUGAGAGGAGAGAGGUGGGGGUGGAGGGAUGGUUCUGCCCAGCCAGAGGGAGACAAAGAAGGAGUUGGAUCUCGGGAGCUCAUGCUUGGGAAAAGAUACAGAUAGAGCUUUUGAUGGAUGAGGAAGAUCCAAAAAUUGUGUUUUCUGUUCUGUUUUUCACUUCUAGUGAAGCACACCUUCAAUGUAGUGUUUUUGAAUCUAAAUUCUCAAAUUGUCUUCUUUGGAAAUGAUUAAAAUACUACUCAUGUUUGACUCUUUGAAA